UCCUUCGCCUUCGUUCCGCUUCAUCCUUUUCUUUCGCUCAUAGAGAGCCAACGGAAGUGGGAUAAAGAGAUGUGUAGGGAAGGCCGAGCGAGGGAAGGAUAAUGCGGACAAACAUGCGAUUAACAAUCGGAAGCGAUUGAAAUCGGAAUAUAAUGCCGAGAUGCUGAGAUGAAGAUUUUAGAGCGGUAGAUUUAAAAACAUCCCGAGGGAUUUCAAAAAUUUAUCUACCUGCGCGAACGAUUAUUUUCCGAAAAUCGACGUAUGCGACGCAUUAAUAAGACUGUACAUGUAAAUUUAUGUGUACAUUAUAAAUUUUCAUAUGAAAAGUAUCAUGUUUAGAAAAGAUAUAGAUUACAUAUCUUAAAAAAAUAUUGCCUUCUAUAAGCGUUAGGUUAUAAAAUGUUAUAGAACAUUGUUUUCUGUAAUUUGUUAGCUAUAUUGGAGAAGAUUGCAAACGACGAUAUUAUAUUUAACAAAUAUAUAAUUGUUCGGAAUAUCCAAAAGCACUAUAGAUUUUUAAGCGAACAGAUAUUCGAAGGAACGAGAUGAAGGAGUAUUUUUCCCUGUAAAAAAAGCUAUUCAAUCCAUUGUGCCAUGACGAACGAUCAUAGUAAAUAGUAUAAUAGUAGAAGUAGCAGUAGCAAUAAUAGUAGAAAACUACAACUGGGGGAGCGACAAAAAGACAAACGAGAUGAACGGAUGGUCACAGCAAAAAGUCGAAUGCUCACAGUCGGCGGUAAAACGGCGGAAGACCAUUUCCUCGAACGUUUCUUCGCUGAAUGGCCACGUUGCUUCAACUACUUGGACUCACGCACUAUCGAGAACAGCGAGAAGGAGUUACCGGAGUGCGCGGACCGGAGCGAGGUAUGUAGCAAGGUGGAUUUAUAUGGUGCACCGUGGAUCGAGAGACAAUGUCGUUGUCCGAACGGCCAUGCCUGUCCCAGCAGUCUUUACGGGGACGACGGACACACGAUCGUCGAUAAAACGCGCCGCUACAAGCUCUGCGAGCCUGUGAAACGACUUCCCAUCUGUCAUUUCUUCAAGGACAUUACAUGGACAUUGGCACCCGGAGGUGGCCCGGCGAACGCGACGGUACAACGAGUCUAUUGUCGAUGCCGGCCGAAUAGCGUGACGUAUCUACUACGUAGGCAACCUCACAGAUCGCCAGACGGAAAUCAAGGCUUCGUUUACGCCUUCGCCUGUUCUCCGCAAAGCAAACUACGAUGCCAGCACAAGGAGCCCUGUCGCCUGUUCACCGUGCGCAAGAGACGCAACUCGCAGCUCGAGGAAGUGAACGCCUCGCCCCUCUGCCAGUGCCCCCGUGGCCAUCGGUGCCCACGACGGCACACGGAUCCCGGUUCCACGCCGGCGAGGUCCUACGCCGGCGUUCUGGAGAUCAAGACUUACAGCGGCUACUGCGUACCGUACCGCAGCUACGAAGAGAUGACCUACGGCAUCUGAGAGACCACGCGCGUUAUAGAAAAACGGCCUUCCCCGCUCCCGCUUUCGGCACACAUCGACGGUAGCGGCAACAAGGAAAUCCAGGCUGUCUGCCAAACGCAAAAUCCGCCCCGCACGACAACACCAAGCUUUAACGGAUUUACUAUUUUACCAUACCAUACCGUCUCCCCAUAAAAAGAAAGAAUGGUUAGGCUCCAGGAACUACGGCGAGUUCCGUCCGCCUUUUCAAGCGCAUAACAAUUGGCCAUUUGGUACCUGUCGAUUGUCGAGAAACGUUGCCGUAAAAUCGAGAGGCUAUGCGCAGUUUCCAAUUCCCGAGCGUGGUGACGAGCGCGCACGUUCGGAUGCGCACCUUCCGUGCGAGGGAGAAGCUCAUCCAAACGAUUAUUUCUCCGAAUAAUCUUUCUAAAUCUUUUCUCCUUUCCUCUUUUUUCCCCCCAUCUCUCUCCCUUCGUUUUUUUUUUUUUUUUUUUUUUUUACCUCGAACGAAACACGAAACACUCGAUUGCUCUUGAUUCACGUUUCGCGGACAGGAAGCGUCUCGCGUAAGAAACGGGAAAUUAACAUACGUGUCGAUCGAUCGGCUGUACCAGCCAUGUGAUGCCGUGCCAUGUACAAUCUCCAGCGGCGUUGGCGAAUAUUAAGUGUAAAAAGUAAUGUACAGAAGAUAUAUAGAGAUAAGAGAAUCAUGCCCGCCUACAAUUUUGUACAGUAUAUUUCGAAACGAUCGCCUCGUAUUCUCGCAAUGUAACAUGGGCUUCAGUUGUCGCGCCCCGAUCGCGCAACAAGGGUGACUCCUUUUUGGUUUUUCUUACUACUACCGAUUUUUAUAUCGCCGCUUCGUAAAAUAUUGCAGAAUAGUCGCAGCUAUCAUCACAAUCACUGUUUUAAACUUGUAUAUAUUCGUCUCUGGUCUUCCGAAAGUGUUCUCAUUCGGGGAGUAUAUUGUAUAUGGUAGCAUUGCAAGACGAUUCGGAAGAGACUCUCUCGAUGUUAUUUGUUACUUUUAUUUUAACUUAAUAAAAAAAAAGUAUAUGUGUG